AUGCCAAAGAUCAAGUCAUCGCGCACAAAGAGAGCCCCCGAGGGUUUCGACGACAUCGAGCCCACUCUCAGGGAAUUCCAGACGAAAAUGAAGGAUGGCAAAAAGAUUGAGGCGUUGUGGCCGAUUUUCAGACUUCACCACCAGCGGUCUCGAUAUGUCUACGAGUUGUACUACAAGCGCGAGGCGAUCUCCAAAGAGUUGUACGAGUACUUGUUGAAGCAGGGAUAUGCUGACGCCAACCUCAUCGCCAAGUGGAAGAAGGCGGGAUACGAGAAGGUGUGCUGUUUGAGAUGCAUUCAGCCCAAGGACACAAAUUUCGGAACGACCUGUGUGUGCAGAGUUCCAAGGGACAAGCUCGAGGAUGGCAAGGUGAUUGAGUGCAUACACUGUGGCUGCCGUGGAUGCUCCAGUGGAAGCGGCGCCUCUGCAGGAUCAGCUGCCACCCAUAAAGGCAAGCCUGCUGCCGAGAGUAAUGAUGCUUAA